GCAUAUCCAGAUAUGAGAAGAGCAUGCAUUUCUGUGACAAUUGUAGCCAAUAGCCUACAGAUAUCCGAAGGGCAGGGCUGAAUGGGACGCUAAAUACAAACUCGCUUUACGACUGUUGGUUGCUACCUGUAGACUGGGCUGUUUUUGAAGCAUAUGCUAUAAUAGCAACAUUAUGGCGCUAUCACAGUGUUUGGACGAUUCACCUGCAAGGUGGCCCUCUAAACAAGGAAAUGAUCAUAAUCUUCAAGAAUUUUAUAACGAAAGACACCGACUCGCAUUGGAAGAGCUCGUUUCAGGAGGGAUUGACAACUUUAGGGAAUUUCUCAUAAAAGAGAGUAUUCCCAAUUUUUUGUCGGAUGACGAGAUACGCGGCAUUGGUCGCACGGCGGUCGACCCACGGUGUAUGUCUAUUCACGGAGAUGAGAUGAUUUUCGAGCAGUCGGUACGCAGUUCCAUGGACUGUUCAUCCGUCACUUAUUUCCCCGAGAUUUCUGACAUUGAGCCUCCUUUAUUAGAAAUCGGCUGGCCUGCCUUUACCUCGGGUUCCUUCCGCGGAGUCACUCGCGCUGUUGCGCACUUCCAACCCAGCUAUGGCGAAUGUAUUUACAGUUGUAAGGAAGCUGCAAGACGAAUGAUAAAAAGCGCCAAAGAGGUCAUUGCCAUAGUGACAGACUCCCUCACUGACCUGGACAUUUUCAAGGAUCUACAGGAAGCAUGCACCACACGUAAAGUCCCUGUGUACAUCUUACUGGACCAAUCAUGUGCUCCUGCUUUUCUCAAAAUGUGCAGCAACAUCAAAGUGCAAUUGGAGGAGCUUCGACAAAUGCGAGUGAGAACCAUAACUGGAGGAACAUACUUUAUGAGAUCAGGGGCUAAGAUUACUGGAAAAGUUCAUGAACGGUUCAUGUUGAUUGAUGGGAACAGAGUGGCGACAGGCUCCUACAGGUUCAACUGGACAGAUGGAAAACUGAACAGUAGCAACCUCAUUGAGUUGUCUGGCCAGAUCACAGAGAAUUUUGAUGAAGAGUUUCGCAUUCUCUAUGCCCAGUCCAUGCCCAUCAGCACCCAGGGCCUUCCCAGUGCCCGCAACAGUGGCAUCUAUGAUCAUUUGCUCAUCAGACCCCAAAUAACCUUGUCCCCUCAGCCUGCCAGGCAGAGGCCUAUGGAGUCUGUCUGUCAUACCAGCACACCUAGCCGAGCCCCAGUCCCAGUACUGGGGCCCCACCGGGAGCUGACAGAAGAGGGGGCAUGUAAGAGCAGUGCGGUAUCCAACUCAUCCACCAUUGGUGAAAACUGGAUGGAGCAGCAGCACAUGCAGGAAGUCCUAACUGGCAGUAUUGUACAAUGCUUAUCUCCUGAUGAAACCCCACCUAACACAGCAAUAGAUCAGGUAGCAUUACCCAUCAACCCCCUAUGCCAUGUCUUCACCCAGACUAGUUGUGUAAAGGUGAACACUGCAGUCCAGACUGACCUGGAGCCCUCCCCACUGCACACUGACUUACCCCACUGCCCCGACAACACAACUGCUGCUCACAGAAUCACCUCCAUCCAGAAAGAAACUGUCUCCUCAUCUGACACCAGCUCUGCCUCCCGUAACCACCCUUCCACCCCACAUAGGGUGGUUUAUCCUCCUGUACUCCGUCACUGUACAGUGCCCCCUGAUGACAAUUUGAGGGACUGCUUCCGCAAGCUGACUAAAGAGAGGCAGUACCACUACUCCACCAUUCGCUCCAAGCUAGAGCACAUGGUGACCAUGCUGUCCCAUCGCCGUGAACUGGUGGACCUCACCAACAUGGCCUUGGGGCCGGGUCUGCACAGAGCACAGAAAGAGUUUGGGCAGAGGCUUGACCCUGGCCUUCUGGUGGAUGGUAUGGGGACUUGGCCAAGGGCCAGAUGUCUACACUAAAAGUACUUGGCUGCAGGGUUCUGUUUGUGGAAGAUAUGAGGGAAAGAUUGAUUAAUUAGCUUUAUAUACACUGGAAGUGAUUGUUUAAUUCACUAACGCUAAGUCACAAAAAUACUUUGAUAAAUACUAUGCAAUGUGAUGUUUGAUAAACGCUUGAUAAAUGUAGUGGAAUACAUUAAAUUCAGCCACAUUAGUAAGUGUAACUGUUAGCUACCUUACAAGAUACAAUAGCUGAUUUGCGUACGAUGGUACAACUAUUUUGUAUAUCUUUACAUUGUUCUUCUUGUAUCUUACUAUAUAGAAAACACUGCCGUAUACAGACUGCCAAAACAAAUAAUUUAGAAAUGGAAACACUUGACAACUCUCAUACCUAAAUUAACUUCAUACAGUUAUUUGUUCAAGUGAA